ACAUGACUUGCCCAGAGUUACAGAGCUAGUAAAUGUGUGUGGACAGGAUCUGAAUUGAGUUCCAUCCUGAUUCUUACGUGUUGUGCUCUAUCUACCUGAGUAUCCAUUUAUUAGUUAUCUUUGCCAUGGUUCUGGCUCCUCUAAAUACCUCUGAAAUACCCCUGUUUGCCUUUAUGUAAUUUGUCUUUGCUUUCUUUUCAGUCUUAGCUGUUUAUCUGAACAAAUCCUGGUGGUCCAUAGAAGAGAUCAUGAAAACAUCUGAUUCUUCUAGAGAAGGUCUGAUACAGGUCCAGUCUUUUGGAGAAAGGAUUGUACUUUUUAUUCUUAACUACGUUAUUUUUGGAAAAUUGGAGAGAAAUUUGGAUGAUGAUAUGUUUUUUUUACCUCAUUCUGCUAAGGAGCAUGCAAAAAUUCUGUGGAGGAAUGGAGCCGCCAUUGCUUUUUAUACCAUCAAGAUGAAAGGUAGCCUGUGUGGCAAGAGCUCCGGCGAGUGCUACAUGCUACCGGUGUUGGACACUGCAUUUGUCAGGAGAGAACACCGAAGAGAAGGUCUUGGGAUGAAAAUGCUGCUUGACUUUUGUCAGACUUUUGAGAAUGAAGAUGCCUUAGGGCUCAGCUGCCCUAUUUCUACGGCUAUGUACCAAGUUUGCCGAAAGUUCUUACUGGCCUAUCCGGAGGAGCAGGAUCGACUGUGGGAGGUGGAGGCUCCAGGAGACUGGGGCCAGAGGGUGAACAUUUGGCUAAAGAUUCAACUUGAACCAAGACUUUCCUAUAGGAAAGUGACUCGUCGGGUAACUUCAGAGGAGGCAGAUAGCUGUCACAGAGAGAGAUUCCAAGAUGAGGAACCCAGACCAUCAGAUAAUGGAGAAAUGAACAAGGAUAGUCAGAGUAGAGAAGCAGCAGCACAAAAAAUAAAGGAGAAUAAAGAUUGCAUAAUGAUGAUAAAAGAAUUCAUUCCACAGCCUCCUGAUAAAGAAAACUUGAACCAAGAAAUCCAUGAUGUUCAGAAGAUUGCCAAGAGGAAAUCAAACAAAACAGAUGUAACUGAAAAUAAGCCUGCUAAACAGGGCAGGCCCAGUUUCUGACUUCCUUAUUCUUGAAGGGAAGAGCCCUAGACUGGAAGUUAGAGACCUGGAUUCCAGUCCUGGCAUUGUCACUAGGUAACAAUGUGACCAUAAGAGUUGCUUAAUUUUUCUGUCUUAGUUUUCUCAUUUAUAAAAUCUGCCCUUACCUACCUCACAGAAUUGUUAUGAGGAUCAAAUGAAUAAUACAUGUGAAAGUGUUUUCAAAUAAUAAAGCAGUUGGACCAAUACAAGGAAUAAUACAGAAAAGUUAUUAUUCCAUUUAUCAAGAUGCCAUUACCAUUUUCUUCAGACCCAUCUUCAUCUUAAGAAAAUGCUGAAUAUCUCCAGCACUGAAACUGAACUUUGCUUUUGCUUUUUCCUUUGGAGGAAAAUAUAGAAAACAAUCAAGUCCUUCUUUCCCUACUGCUGCAGAACUGCUGUGAAGAAUUACAUAGAAUGUUUAGAAGGAAGUAAUUGGGGGGUUUGUAGAUACUGCUGUAAGAUAUUUCUAUGGAAACAACAUUCCUUUUUCGUUAGAGCAAGAUGCUACAACAUGGAACCAGGAUCAGAUGACAGGGUAACCUCCUUUGCAAGAUGGAUAAUUGAUUUAAGUUUUUCUAUGUCUGGUCUUAGUGGAAAGGAAAAAACAAGUGAAAGGUCUACCUCCUUCAGCCUAUAUUUAAGUUUUAUCUUCUUUUGAGUGUAGAUUGUAUAUAGAACAGAGUUCUAUGUUCUUAGUGUCUUUUUUGUAUAUUGCUGGUAUUAAAGAUUUUUUUUUCAUGCUGGUGGUAUUUAUUAUGUUAAAAGAUUAGUCAGACCCUAAAGGGAAGCCAAGGUUAUAUUGAUUAUUUUUUGAAAAUAAAAAAGGCUUUUCCCAGUCCUCAUGGUGGUAAGUAGUGAGCUGGAGAUAACCUAGUGUCCUUCUACCUAUGCAGCACAUCUCUGAAUGUCAGUUUAUUUAUUUUAGAAUGAAGGGCUUUACCUAGAUCAAUGUCCCUCAAAUUUAUCUGUCCAAGAAAUGGUUUGGAGAUUGAAAUAUACUAAUAAUCUUGUACAUGCUUGACUUUAUAUCCCUAAGAUCAUAGGAAUUCUGGAGUAAAAUUAAAUCUAUGUUCCUUUCCCCAAAAAACGCCACAUGUGAAUGCAUAUUUUAAACAUGUGACUUAAAGGGAAAAUACCACAAUCAGUGACCAGAAUUCUUAUAAAAACUGUGUCAAUACUAGAGAUCCAUGUAGCAGUUUGGGGGGGGGGAGGUGUUACAAGUAGGUAGUCUUUGAACUUUUUAAUAUGGUGCAGUGAAAAAAGUGCUAGGUUUGUAAUCAGAAAACAAGAAUUCAGAUUCUGGCUCUUUAUAAUUUUAGACAACUCAUUUCAAUUCUCUGGGAUUUAAUUUCCUCCCUUAUAUAGAUACUAUUUUGUUUGAACCUCACAACCAUCCUGUGAGGCUGAAAGGUUAUUAUUUUGCAGAUGAAGAAAUUGGAAAUUUGAUUUGCUGAUUUUUCCAACCUCAGAUUAGAGUGUCAGACAGAGACAAGAUUGGCACUGAGAUAUCAUCUGACUCCAAACACAUUGCUGUCUCUACCAUUCUGUGCCUCUAAGAUUGAUAGAUCAUUAGGAUUGCCCCAACUGGGCUUGUAACUUGCCAUUGCUAAAAUUCUCAUUGACCAAGAGAUCAAUAUUCCAAGAGAACAUUUGCUUGUGAAACUUUGAGAUAGAUAUUGUUUAUAUUCCUUUCCCUCUGUUCUCCCUUGAAUAGAAGGAAGAAUUCAUUUGAAUAAUAAUAUUCCAGAAUCCAGAAAGAACACAUUUUAGAGUCCUUCAAAUGAAAUUGUAAGCCAUCAAGUGCACUUAAAUUUGUAGGUAUAGAUGUCCUGUGAAUGUCACUUAAGACAUAGAUUCUAAUGUGAAAGGAAAAUUGUUUAUUGUAUGUACUGUACUAUUUGAAAAAAACUAAUGGGUAGUGUUUUGUGUUUACAAGAAAAUGCACUGAUGUAUGUCUUAGGAGUAUGAUGAUGUUAUGUUGCAAUAAAAGGUGUCUUCCCAAAGGAAAAGCAA